AGGAGGGAGCGGGCGGAGCGCGGCCGGGGCCGGGGCGCGGGCGGCCGGCUCGGGAUGGUGCUCCUGCCCCUCUGGGUAGUGGCAGCCGCGCUCCUGGGGGCCCGCGCUGCGCCCGGCCGGCAGGCUGCUAAAGAACAGCAGAUCCAAAUAGAAUUCCGAAAAAGCAGGCCGAGGCCGUACGGUUUGGUGAUUCCCAUUAGCACCAAUGCAGACGGAAGCUACAGCUCCAACAUCCUCUCUGCGAGUCACCAACGGCGAGCGCCGCGGGAGGUGUCCCAGAGCCCCAGACAGCUCUACUUCAACGUCACUGCCUUCGGGAGGGAAUUCCACCUCCGGCUGAAGCCCAACACUCGCCUGCUGGCCCCCGAGGCCGUGGUGGAGUGGUACGAAGACUCUGUGCAAACUGGGAGCGAUGGUGGUAACGCGAGUCACGCUGGGACUGCUACGGAGCGCUUGUGGAAGAGGGAGCCCCUGUGGACCAACUGCGCCUACGUGGGGGACAUCACGGACAUCCCCGGAGCUGCGGUGGCCAUCAGCAACUGUGACGGGCUGGCUGGAAUGAUAAGAACUGAUGAGGAUGAAUACUUCAUUGAGCCCUUGGAAAGAGGAAAGCAAAUGGAAGAGGAGAAGGGAAGGAUCCACAUGGUGUACCGGCGGUCGGCGGUAGCGCAGCAUCCGCCUGACGUGCUCCCCGAUGUCCACACAGAAGGGUCCCUCCUGGGGGUACUGAGUUCCCUGCACGGCCACGUGGAGCAGCAGCUGAACGAGACCCUGCGGCGCCGCCGGCACGCGGGAGACGACGACCACAACAUCGAGGUGCUGCUGGGGGUGGACGACUCCGUCGUCAGAUUCCACGGCAAAGAACACGUCCAAAACUACCUCCUCACCCUCAUGAACAUCGUGAAUGAGAUUUACCACGACGAGUCCCUGGGCGUUCACAUCAACGUCGUGCUGGUCCGAAUGAUCAUGUUGGGGUACGCAAAGUCCAUCAGCCUGAUCGAAAGGGGGAACCCCUCGCGCAGCCUGGAGAACGUGUGCCGCUGGGCCUAUCAGCAGCAGAAGGCGGACCCCGGCCACGCCGAGCACCACGACCAUGCCAUCUUCUUAACCAGGCAAGAUUUUGGGCCCGCUGGUAUGCAAGGAUACGCUCCUGUGACGGGCAUGUGCCACCCGGUCCGGAGCUGCACCCUCAACCACGAGGACGGGUUUUCGUCAGCCUUUGUUGUUGCUCAUGAGACUGGGCACGUGCUGGGCAUGGAGCACGACGGGCAAGGGAACAGAUGUGGGGACGAGACGGCGAUGGGCAGUGUCAUGGCCCCCUUGGUGCAGGCCGCCUUCCACCGCUACCACUGGUCCCGCUGCAGCGGCCAGGAGCUCAGGAGAUACAUCCACUCUUACGACUGUCUGCUCGACGACCCUUUCGAGCACGACUGGCCCAAGCUUCCUGAGCUGCCAGGCAUCAACUAUUCCAUGGACGAGCAGUGCCGCUUCGACUUCGGUGUGGGCUACAGGAUGUGCACAGCGUUCCGAACCUUUGAUCCAUGCAAGCAGCUGUGGUGCAGCCACCCCGACAACCCCUAUUUCUGCAAGACCAAGAAAGGACCUCCCCUCGACGGCACGGAAUGUGCCCCUGGAAAAUGGUGCUACAAAGGUCACUGCAUGUGGAAGAACACCAACCAGCUGAAGCAGGAUGGACACUGGGGACCCUGGACCAAGUUUGGCUCCUGCUCCCGGACCUGUGGAACUGGGGUUCGCUUCCGCACGCGCCAGUGCAACAACCCAAUGCCCAUCAACGGAGGUGAUGACUGCGCCGGGGUCAAUUUUGAGUUCCAGCUGUGCAGCACCGAGGAGUGUCCGAAGCACUUUGAGGACUUCAGGGCACAGCAGUGCCAGCAGCGCAAUUCCCACCUGGAGUUCCGGGGCAGCCGGCACCACUGGCUGCCCUACGAGCACCCCGACCCUCCCAAGAGAUGUCACCUGUACUGCCAGUCCAGGGAAACGGGGGAUGUGGCUCACAUGAAGCAGCCGGUGCAUGAUGGGACUCGCUGCUCCUACAAGGAUCCCUACAGCAUCUGUGUCCGUGGGGAAUGUGUGAAAGUGGGCUGUGACAAGGAAAUUGGCUCCAACAAGGCCGAGGAUCAGUGCGGGGUCUGCGGCGGGGAUGACUCCCACUGCCGGACCGUGAAGGGGACCUUCACCCGCACUCCCAAAAAGCUCGGGUACCUUAAGAUGUUUGAUAUCCCUCCUGGGGCUCGACAUGUGUUUAUCCAAGAAGACGAGGCCUCUCCUCACUUCCUUGUUGCUGUGGUGGAGGCACAACAGGCUCUGCUCUCACUCCUCCCAGCAAUCAAGAACCAGGCUACAGGACACUAUAUCCUGAACGGGAAAGGGGAGGAGGCCAGAUCCCGGUCCUUCAUCGACCUGGGCGUGCAGUGGGAAUACAGCAUCGAGGACGACAUCGAAACGCUGCACACGGACGGGCCUCUGCACGACGCCGUGGUGGUGCUGAUCAUUCCUCGGGAGAACGACACCAGAUCCAGCCUGACUUACAAAUACAUCAUCCACGAGGAUUCGGUGCCGACCAUCCACAGCAACAACGUGCUGCGGGAGGACACGGACACCUUCGAGUGGGCCUUGAAGAGCUGGUCCCAGUGCUCCAAACCCUGUGGUGGAGGGUUCCAGUACACCAAAUACGGGUGCCGCAGGAAGAGUGACAACAAGAUGGUUCAUCGCAGCUUCUGUGAAGGCAGCAAAAAGCCAAAGCCCAUCCGUAGGAUGUGCAACCUGCAGGAGUGCACGGAGCCCCUCUGGGCAGCAGAUGAGUGGGAACACUGCACCAAAACCUGUGGGAAUUCUGGUUACCAGCUACGCACGGUGCGCUGCAUCCAGCCUCUUCCCGACGGCACCAACCGCUCCGUCCACGCCAAGUUCUGCAGCGGGGAUCGCCCUGAGAGCCGCCGGUCCUGCAACCGGGCACCGUGUCCUGCGCCUUGGAAAGCUGGACCCUGGUCCCAGUGCUCAGUGACCUGCGGGGAGGGGACCGAGAGCCGGCAGGUCCUGUGCCGUGCUGGGGACCGGUGCGACGGGGAGCGGCCCGAGUCCGUGAGGGUUUGCCAGCUCGCUCCCUGUGACGAUGAGCCCUGCCUGGGAGACAAAUCCAUCUUCUGCCAGAUGGAAGUGCUGGCCCGGUACUGCUCCAUCCCUGGCUACCACAAGCUGUGCUGCGAAUCCUGCGGGCAGCGCAGCAGCACCUUCCCACCUCCCGGAGCUGCCGGGACCGAGAGGGACACACCGUUGGAUCCGGGCAGCCUGCCGAGGGCUCCGCCAGUGCCCACCCCUGCGGUGCCCCCCCGGGCUCAGCUCCUGCCCAGGAGCAGUUCCCUGGGCCGGCCGCCUCCAGCGACAGAGGAGGCUGAGUGGCACAUCCCACCCUCCAGCCCCGAGCCUAAAGGCACCGGUGUUCCACACCGGAGAGCUCCUCCGGCUGGGAAGACUUCCCGGCUCUUGGCUUUGCUGCACCAGGCCCCUGCCAACAGUAGCAGCCUUGGUCCUCGCAGGGCUCUGCCUCCAGUGCCGGCGGAGAACAUGGCAGCAGGGGCUCCUGCACCAGCCAGGACCUCCGGGAACAGCGAGGAGCACCUUGGGAAGCGAUGGCCUCCAAGGGCUGGCCCUGUGGAUCGAUGAACGGGAAGGCUUUUGGAGGACAGCCAUGGAAACGGGGCUUUGUUGGGCACUCCGGGGGGGAUUCCCUGAGCUCUGGACACCUGGAGUGCACUGUGUGCCCCGGGCAGGACACUGCAGGGCACAGCUCAUCCCCUGGAUAUACAAAGGACAAGAAGUGCUGGUUCACUUUCUGUUGCUCCGGCCUCCUCCUGCCCUCUGUUCCCUGCCCAGCUGGGAUGCACAGAGGAAACCCAAAUAACAUUCCUGGCAGGGAGUAGGAGUCACUGAGGGCUCCGUCCAGUCUGGGCCCAAAGGUGGCCCUGACCUCACCCUCCCCCAUGAUUUUGGGUUCCAAACACUCACCUGGAGGAAACGCCCCACUGCAGGCGGGACCAGACAGCAACACUUGACAAAACACCUUUGCCACAGACCAAGGGAGCCCUCAGGACUUGUUUGGCUCAUCUAUCCCUGGAAAGGGAUGUUGCACAAGCACCUUUGCAGCCGUUGAGUAAAUCCUGGACAGGGCAGGAAAUCAGGGUUAUCAUAAGAGUUUUGUGCUGUCACACAACUGUUUACCUGUGUUGUUCUGCUCCAUGGACAUUCCAAGGGGCUGGUGUUUAAAGCAGCAUUAGCAUAAAAGGAGGGGUUUCAUUUGCAUAGGAUUUAAACUGCUGGCACAAGGGGCUUGGGGGGUUUGGGGCAUCAUCAGUGCGAUGCUUGAUUCUGAAAUACAGAAACCCUGUAGAUACUGCAAGUGCUGUCCUGGUCCCAGGCCAAAGGGGUUCCCAGCUGCCCCCCACGUCCGUGCUGAACCAGCACCCAGAGGCCGAACAGGCGCCGCCGAGACUUCAAAGAGAGGAUUUUUUUCCUGACGGGAAGCAUGGAUUUCAAGGCCUGAGAGAUGUUUCUUUCCAGCAUGGUUCACCUCCAAACCUCCCCGAGCACGGCGCAUCCGACUGCAAUCAUUAAUUUAUGCCAAUCCCCACCUUGUCUCAGCCCCACCGGCCACGCUCCCUCCGGCCCAUUGCUGUAAAGGACUUGUAUAGGGGAGUGAGAGCUACAGAUAUUUAUUAAAAAGUGGAUUUCUUGACAGUAUUUUAUGUACUAAGUAUUUACGCCGAGGGCAGGUGACUCUUGUUUUUGCCAAGAUCAAAUCCAGAGAUGGAAUUAGAUGCUGUGUUGUAGGGACAGAAUGGAAAUUUAAGCUACUAAACUGCUGUAGAGAAAUGGUUGAUUUGUAUUCUUUAAAAAGAUGACAGGGUUUUGUCACAGGCCUCUCAUUUCUCAGUGGGCUAUUAAAGUUUCACAUGCAAUUGCUGCCCCCCCGUAAGGAAUCCCCAUUUAAUGCUGUGAAGUGAUUGGGGCCCCGAAGAUCCAAUUCUGGCAACAUCUUGGUGCCCCUGUGGGGUCCCUCAGAGGAAAGAAGAGUGGCAAUGGCUCAGCAGAGGUUUCCAGCCCCCAGUGCAGAUAAUCCUUGGACCCUUGAAUUUCCUUUCUUCCAAGCUCAUUGCUCUGUCUGUCAGGUGUCCACUCCUGAUGCUGUGUGUGUAUUGGGGAGCACAUGACAAUAAAACCUUUAACAUCCCAA